AUUUUCACAUACUCCACUUGGAGAAGAGUGUAUUCAGUUGAUUCGAGGGAAGCAGUGUUGGACCAAGUGUGUGCACAGAUGCUUUUGUGGUAUCGUGUGUUCUGGGCGUUAUUGGGAAAUCUCCUCGAAAUCUAAUGGCUGUUUACGCACUUCACUUCAAAGGUUGACUCGAAUAUAUUUGAGGGAGAACGGUGCGAUCAAACGAACUGCAAGCGGAUUUGAAAGCCCCCACUAACACGAGGAUCAUGGUGAGAGACUUGAUUGGCAACCGAAACUUUUCUCUGCGUGUAAAUGUAUUGCGAGGAUGCUGUUUAGCUAAUGAAUGUAGCCGCUGCCUCCCAGUUUCAAUCGAAAGUAGAGCUAUUUCCCGGAAAAAGGUUGAAAAGUAGCCUUUUCCACGUGGAGGAUAGGAAUUUGAACGUGGAUUGACUCGGGGGAAAAAAAACAUUUGUGCACUAAUAAGCACUGUGCUUCGUUUCAUCUAUCAGAUUCAUUGGAACCACAGGUGAAAAAAUGCGUUUUGUGAGCUCAUUGUUACGUUGUAAACUUGAAGAAUCCCGGGAAAAUACGACUCUGCUUCGUUUGUGGUUUUUCUUUGCCAUCCUUGUUUCAGAUUCAGCCUGUCCUGACAAAUGCGUCUGUUUCACGUCCACGGUAAAAUGUGUGAACCAGGGUUUAUUCAUGGUUCCGCAACCAUUGCCAGCAAACACUAAAACCCUGUUUAUUACUGGGAACAAUAUUUCUCAUCUCACAGCUGGGUCUUUCCCUGUGCCUCUUGAGCAGUUAACAGACUUGUAUCUCACGGGAAACCAGGUGGAGCUGGUGGGCCACAAUGUAUUAAACAACUUGCCAAAUCUCAGGCUGCUAGACUUGAGUAACAACAGGAUUCUGAAUUUUAGUGCUCAAGCCUUUCCUGAUUACAACAAACUGCUGGAUCUUAACCUCAGCAGGGCUUUUUACAAUCAUUCUUUCAUGGAUGAGCUCUUCAGCCUGCUACGGAGUGGCGGAGCCCUUCAACUUACCCGCUUAGACCUGUCUAACAAUGACCUGGUUGUUCUCCCUGAGGGCAUGUUCUCCCGCCUCCCCAACCUCACCAUCCUCAACCUACAAAACAACUCCCUCAUUUUCAUCCGGAACGGGACGCUGAGUGUUCCUCCCCUCCGUGAGCUAGACUUGAGGGACAAUGCCCUGAGGGAACUACCCAACGCUACACUGAUGGACUUCAGCCUCAAGCCUGGGCUUCAGGUGCAUCUGGCAGGGAACCCUUGGCUCUGUGACUGCAAUAUCGAGGACCUUGUGGCCUGGCUGAGGAGCUCCGAGCAGGUCACAGACAAGCAGAAUAUGACCUGUUCUGACCCUGAGGUUCUGCGGCAGUUACCAUUGCUCCAGAUAGAGGACUUGGAGUUGGAGUGUACCUUUUCAGGUGAAAUGAAAAGUGUGCUGGAGACCUCGUAUGUCUUCCUGGGCAUGGUGCUGGCCUUGAUCGGAGUGAUAUUUCUGCUGGUCCUCUACCUCAACAGGAAGGGGAUAAAGCGUUGGAUAUACAAUAUUCGGGACGCGUGCAGGGACCACAUGGAGGGAUACCAUUACAGGUAUGAGAUCAGCUCGGACCCCAGGUUGGCCAACCUCAGUCUCAACCCCGACAUUUAAGAGGACCGCUAUGUGAGCCAGGGCCCCACAGUGACUGAGGCAUUAUGACUUGUCAAGAGCAGGAUAUGCAUGAGCAUCUCUGUAAUUCCGGGGGCUCCGGCCUGCAACCCC